AUGUUCGAUUUUGUGUUUGAUAAUUUGAAGAGAGGAACGUUAUAUGUUUUCUUUUAUCGGCUGGAACUUGAUCUAAAAAGUGGAGUCCGCAACAAUUGCGAUCACAAAUUUGAAGAUAUUACGAAAAUCGUAACAGCCCACGAAGAAAAUCGUUAUACCCCCAAUAAACAAGUUUUUAAGAUCUUUACUGGUAUUACUGCAACAUAA